UAGGAUAUAAAAAAAAAGUACAUAUAAAAAAUCCAAUCUAAUGACACUGAAACGUACUAGUAAGCCGACUCAAACCCUUCUAAAUUCUAAUGCAGUUCCGUUUGAGCGCCAAAAAGCGAGUGAAACCAAGUCUCAGAAGAACUUUCUAGAAAUGUCUGGAACUGGAAAGGGUAAGAAGAGGGAGGAACACGACAACGCUUCCGAUGGCGACUCUGAAGCUCACGCGCCUCCCAAAAAGACCCUAAAAAAAGAUUCCGACGAUAACUCUGACGAAAUCGUUGUUUGUGAGAUAGGGAAGAACAGGAAAGUUACUGUGAGGAUCUGGCAGGGUAAGAUUUGGGUUGACAUUCGUGAAUUUUACAUCAAAGAUGGCAAGCAGUUGCCUGGCAAAAAAGGUAUUUCACUGUCCAUGGAUCAGUGGAAUGUACUUCGCAAUCACAUUGAAGAAAUUGACAACGCACUCAGUGAGAACUCUUAGAAUAUUGUGCAGCAAGUGGAAUUACCAGUCCAAAUACUAUCUGUGGGCGUUUCUUUAGUUUUUUUGUUUUUGAAUCAUUAGAAGCACUAGACAGGUUCAUAUGAUGUCGUAUUACCUAAGCAUGAAAACCUCUUGAAUCUUAGUGCAUGUUUGUUUUGCCUUAUUUUGUAGCUUCCUUGAAAUCAUGGUGGUUGGGCAUUGAGACGGGGAUCUAAUAGGCUUAGAGAUUUGGGAUCUGAACAUAUGGUUAUUAGUGCAUGUAAAGAACGUGUUGACCAGUUAACUUUUUUAUGUUAUUUACUAAUGCUUACAAUAUCGUGGAAGUUUGGAAAUUUUGGCUUAA